AUGGUAAUGGCUGUACGUCGACCUGGAUGUUUGACGUGCCGAAGAGAAGCUGCCGAAUUGAGCAACCUCGAACCGAACAUGAAAUCAGCCGGCGUUAAUUUGAUUGCUGUUGUACACGAGACUAAAGGUGUAAACGACUUCAAACCAUUCUUCAAGGGAGACGUCUACUAUGAUAAGGAGGUAAGUAUAUUCAUCUUACCAUAGGU